AUGCACGUUUACCAAGCCCCACCCGAUGAUGUGAUCAUGCACAUUUACCAAGUUGCACCCAAUGAUGUGAUCAUGCACGUUUACCAAGCCCCACCCGAUGAUGUGAUCAGGCACGUUUACCAAGUCCCACCCAAUAAUGUCAUCAUGCACGUUUACUAUGCCCCACCCGAUGAUGUGAUCAUGCAUGUUUACCAAGUUCCACCCGAUGAUGUGAUCAUGCACGUUUACCAAGCCCCACGCGAUGAGGUCAUCAUGCAUGUUUACCAAGUUCCACCCAAUGAUGUGAUCAUGCACGUUUACCAAGCCCCACCCAAUGAUGUGAUCAUGCACGUUUACCAAGCCGAUGUAGUGCGCAGCAGGGAGUCACCCAAUGAUGUGAUCAUGCACGUUUACCAAGUGCCACCCGAUGAUGUGAUCAUGCACGUUUACCAAGCCCCACGCGAUGAUGUGAUCAUUCGUGUUUACCAAGUCCCACCCAAUAAUGUCAUCAUGCACGUUUAUCAAGCCCCACGCGAUGAUGUGAUCAUGCAUGUUUACCAAGCUCCACGCGAUGAUGUGAUCAUGCAUGUUUACCAAGUUCCACCCGAUGAUGUGAUCAUGCACGUUUACCCGAUGAUGUGA